AUGCACAAGCAGUAACAUUUUAUAAACAAUCAUCAACAUGCAACUGUAUAUCUUUUAAAGACUGCGAAUUAAUCAAGACUUUAUCACCACAUAAUACACAAUAUCAUAGAUCGUACUUUACCAAUGAGGAGUGUCAAUCCGGACAUGGAGACGAAGUGUUUGUUUGUUGUCCUGCACGUAAUACAUUAUCGAGUGUAGAAAAUGUGUUGCUUGCUGAAGAUCCAUUAAAGCGUACUGAACACACAGCAUUUCGUGCAGCCUAUGAAGAUAACUCCUCAAAGGAUAUUUGGGUUUGGGAUCGAACACCUAAUCAAAGACUAAUUCCAAAAGAAAAAUUUAACACUGAUUAUAAUUUAUAUUCCAAUGUAUUAGAUUAUAAAGAUCCAACGACUCAGUAUAAUUGCCCGCAUCCGUUUUUGGAUGAAGAUUAUCAAUUUCGACAUACAGAACAUUUUCAUAAUAAUCAUAGACAUCAACAUGACAAUAGUUUUAGUGAUUUCCGUAAUAAAUUUAGCCAAGAUAAUGAUGAUUCCCGAUUUAUUUACCCAGAUGAUAAAAUUUUGCACAAAUCAAUUAUCUUCCCAACUUCAACAGAAGUCAAGUCUGUAACUACACAACGACCAGUUCAUGGUAUACAAAUCACAAAUAACGACAAUCAACACCAUGUCAAAAUUGGCAGAGGUCGUGGAAGAAAAGUGAGUCGUACGAAUAAAAAAAUUAAUACUGAAUCAAGCACGAAUAACAGCAGAUCACGUGAGAACCCAGUGCAGAGUAAAACGAGCAUCAAUUCUCCGCAAUGUGGAAGCUUAAUCGAAAUGCGUAUUAUUGGUGGCUUAGAAACUAAACCCGGGCAAUAUCUUUGGUUGGUACGCUUAGCCUAUUUGAAUAUAACAGACAAUAGCGUCAACUAUAGAUGCUUGGGUUCCCUCAUUAGUCGCACACAUGUACUAACAGCUGCUCAUUGCGUUAAUAAUUUGGUGAGGGACUUGAAAUUAUCUUAUGUGCGCAUCGGAGAGGAGCAACUACCAGCGGAAUGUCGUCUAAAUGCUAACAAUUGUAAUUCGCCUAACAUACUUCAAAUAGAACAAGUUAUAAUACAUCCCAAAUAUGAUGAACCCAAAUAUGCAAAUGAUAUAGCAAUACUUAAAGUACGGAUACCCGCUAAUAUGCCAGUUGAGUUUGGCACAAUCUGCUUACCUUUGGAUAAUACUUUGUCGGUCGAUAACGACCAGAUUAUAAUAGGAACUACUGGUAUAGUUGUUGGAUGGAGCAGCAAUAACGAAGAUGGUAUUACCAAUGAAGGUAAUUCCACUCUAAAACAAUUACGUUUACCGAUUAUUAAUACAACUGAAUGUGCUAUAAACUAUGCAAAAUAUACGGAAAAUUUUGAGAAUCCCAUCGUCAUAACACCUGCACAAAUUUGUGCUCAAGGAGAACCACAUAAUGAUGUCUGCAGAGGUGAUAGUGGUGGUCCCUUUAUGAUGGAAAUAAAUAGGCGUCUUACAAUAAUGGGGAUUGUAGCAUUUGGUCCUAGAAUAUGCGGGAUAACUAAUUUCCCCGGUGUUUACACUCGUGUGAGUUCCUACAUCAGUUGGAUUAUUCAGCAAAUGGCGUAGGUACUUGAAACUUGGAAGUCCUUAAGCAAAUAAGGAGACGCUUAAUCUCUAUUUGUUUAAACAUUUGUAAUGCAGAAUAAAAAAAAUUCAUUCCAACGCUUAUAAAAACGUUUAUUUACCCACAAUAGAAAAUAAUAACGUUUAAUUAUACGUUUUGUUCGAA